CUGCGUCGCUCCUGGGGCUGCAGACGAUCAGGAAAUGUUUGCAGCCCCUGUGCGCCCCCUUACCAUUCAGCGAGGAACAGUCUCUUUCCUACCGGACCAACAUUCGCUGGGCUUUGCUGACAGAACCUCCCUGCUGUUUCCUGUUUCUCCCUCCGGUCCUGGCUCCUGGGAGCAAGAGCAUCCAGGGAAGGAGGAAGAACCCCGGGCCUGGGGGUCAGCCUCUGAGCGAAGCCUGAGAGCUGGGGCGCAGGUGGAACGGACCCAGAGGACGCGCCGGGAGCAGCUCGCUCGGCGAGUUCUCAAGAGAGCGAUGGAGGACCCGCUGACCUUCGCCGACGUGGACGUGAGCUUCACCCGGGAGGAGUGGCGGCUCCUGGCCCCCGCCCAGAAGGCCCUGUACCGGGAGGUGAUGCAGGAGACCUACAGCCACCUGGUGUCCCUGGGAGAGAAGCCUCAUGAGUGUGGUGUGUGCGAGAAAGCUGUUUGCAGUAAGGACAAGCUCUCAGUCCACCAGAAAACAAACACUGGGGGAAAAACCUAUGACUGUACUGACUGUGGCACAAUCUUUCUCCACACAACUGAGCUCAUUCUCCAUCAGAGAACACAUAGAGGGGAGAAGCCAUAUGAAUGCAGUGACUGUGGGAAAAGAUUCACCCAGAAGGGAACUCUCUUUCUACAUCGGCGGAUUCACACAGGAGAGAAACGUUAUGUGUGCAGUGAAUGUGGGGAAGGCUUUAGCCAGAAGGCACGCCUCAUAGCCCAUGAGAGGAAUCACACAGGAAGGACUCCAUUUGUGUGCAGUGUUUGUGGGAAACAUAUUUCUAAUAAGAGAGGUCUUGUUAUCCAUGAAAGACUUCACACAGGAGAGAAGCCCUAUGAAUGUGCAGAGUGUGGGAAAGCCUUCAAUGUAAAGGCGAGACUCAUCUCACAUCAAAGGGUUCACACAGGGGAGAGACCCUACACCUGCAGCAAGUGUGGCAAGUCCUAUACUUCGAAGCGUGCCCUCAGUGUCCAUCAGAGUUCUCAUACAGGAGAGAGACCCUAUACCUGCAGCGAGUGUGGGAAGUCAUACACUACAAAGUAUGCACUGAACGUCCAUCGGAGUUCUCAUACGGGAGAGAGACCCUAUGCCUGCAGCGAGUGUGGGAAGUCAUACACUACAAAGUAUGCACUGAACGUCCAUCGGAGUUCUCAUACGGGAGAGAGUCCUUACAGCUGCAGCGAGUGUGGGAAAGCCUGCACUACCAAAUACCAGCUCAUCGUGCACCAGUCGAGCCCCGCAGGGGAGACUCCCUGUGUCUGCAGUGAGUGUGGCAAAGCCUUUGCCUACGCGUCCUGUGUGGCGCAUCACAAGCGAAUACACCGAGAGGCAUAUGUACACUUGGUGAUGGGGGGAAAAAAACCCACCGAGAGGCACCCCACAUCGCAAACCAGUGCUGUCCAGCGGGAAAGGUACCCCACCAACCCCGCUUCUGUGCCGGUGCUGUCUGUGGCCCCUGAGCCAAACUCAGACAUCGCUGGGCAACUGGCAGAUGCCAGUGCGGGCCCGGCGGGCCAGCCUGUGAGCAGCGGCUCCUGCUCGGGACGUGACGGGCAUCACACUGGAAGGACUCCUUUUGUGUGUGGUGUUUGCGGAAUGUACUUUUCUCACAAGACAAGUCUCAUUUACCAUGAGCGAAUUCACACGGAAGACAAGCCCUACAAAUGCGGAGACUGUGUGAAAGCCUUCACUACAAAGGCGAGUCUCGUUUCACACCGAAGGAUUCACAGGGCAGGGAGACCCAACACCUGUGGCGAUUGUGGGAAAGCCUUCAACAGCAGGGACCGGCUCCGCCUGCACCAGUGGAGCCCCGCAGGAGAGGCUCCCUGUGUCUGCUUUGAGUGUGGGAAAGCCUUUCCUUCCAAGCCUUGUGUGGCACAUCACAGGCGGAAGCAUCGACAGGCAUAUCUACAUUCAGUAGAGGGGGGGAAACCCCCCAAUGAGAGGCACCCCACAUCCCAGACCAGUGCUGUCCAGCGGGAAAGACACCCCGCCAAGCCCGCUUCUGUGCCAGUGCCGUCUGUGGCCCCUGAGCCAUCCUUAGACAUCCCUGGGCAACCGGCAGAUGCCAGUGCGGGCCCGGUAGGCCAGCCUGUGGGCAGCGGCUCCUCGGGAGACGAUGGCACGUGUGCCUUGGGUGGACACCUCCCGGAUGCAGUGAGUGUGGUGGUGCCUCCAGGGAUCGACUAUGUCUUAGUGUAUGUCCCCGAAAACCAGUAGGGCAAAACUCAGGCCUUUGUGGGCAGGGGUGGCCAGAGUUGCUGGGGCUCAGUAUGUGAAAAAAUAAACUCAGAGAAAUCGUGCAGGUGCAGGCCUGAGAGAGCCUUCCAGACUCACCCUGUGCCGCACCUGCGUGGGCACCGGCGACAGGUGAUGUUGAUCCAAACGGGUGCGUAGUCAGUCAGACCUGUCCCUGUGCAAAGGGAGUGUGCGUGGGUGGGGCCCUAGGUGAGGCAUUGCCCAGGGGAGACCACCCAUGUGGAGAUUUGCUGAAUGGAGAACCGCAGGCAGUUACUGCCCUGGGGCUGGAAGACUGUUCAUGUCCACCCUGUUCUGAGAGUAAAGGGCCGGCUCAAGGGUAGACUCACCCUUCAGCGCCUAGAGGAUUCUCUCCUGCAGAGAGACGUGGGAAGCCGCUGAGUUCGGUCAGCUCCUUCAUUUUCCGCUCCUUCAUUUUCCGAGUAUCUCUCCAGUCCCCCUUCGUAUCGGUCCUGCUCCACAGGGAGGAUUCGGUGGGGACCAGAAGAGACCAGGCCACGGCCUGAGAGCAGAAGUGAAGCGGUUGGAAGAUGGCUGCUGACCGCUGACACACCUGCUCGUCUAGGUGAAUAGAGCGGGCCUUAGUUUGCAGCCUGAGGAUACUAUGGCCUGGGGUGGUUGGUGGGGACUGCGUCCCUCCCCCUUUACACAGGGAGGUUUUUAGCAAAACCCCAGAGAUUUGGGGUUUUUGAAGGCCCUAGCUCCUGGUUCAUGGAAAACUCCCCAGAGUCCUCACCUGACAGUGCGGUGAGGUCUCUGCGUGUCUUCUGGGAUGGGUGAGCGCUGCCUUCACGGGGUCCCACUUCCUGACUGAGUCACCUCUCCAGAGGCACACCUGCUCAGGCAUUGCUUUUGAGAUGAAGUUUCAUCUUUGGCUUUUGAGGGAAACACAUACUGAUUUCAUGGGAUAUACAGAAAAAUGGCUUCAAGGCUUAAGAAGACUCUCCUGUCCGGGGGGCUUAUUUCUAGGUGAAGGGUUCCCCGUGAGGGACUUGAAGCAGCUGAAAAUGACACGUUUUGUUCAUUUUCAUGUGUUUUGCCAAGUAGAGUACAGAAAUAAAAACCCUU